ACGGUGAGAUUUUUUUUUUUUUUUUUUUUCCUCCCUCUGCAAUAGACUUUUGUGAGAGUGAGCAGCGGCGGUAGUCUGUGUGUUGUUUCAAUCGAGGAGACGAGCAGAGAGAAGUUAAAACCAUGAGUUCGCUUUUAUUGGGAAUGCUGGGCUGCUCGCUGGUCCUGUCGGUCCAAGCCAUGUAUUCCUCCAGUGAUGAUGUUAUUGAGCUCACACCGUCCAACUUCAACAGGGAGGUGAUCCAGAGUGACAGUCUGUGGCUGGUGGAGUUCUAUGCUCCCUGGUGUGGUCACUGUCAAAAUCUCGCUCCAGAGUGGAAGAAAGCAGCAACAGCCCUCAAGGGUAUUGUGAAGGUUGGGGCUGUAGAUGCUGACCAGCACAAAUCAUUGGGAGGCCAAUAUGGCGUCAGAGGGUUCCCCACCAUCAAGGUCUUUGGAGCAAAUAAACAUAAACCAGAGGAAUACCAAGGAGGACGCAGUAGUCAGGCGAUUGUCGAUGGCGCAAUGAAUGCUUUGAGAACGCUCGUCAAAGAGAGGUUGGGUGGAAAGUCUGGUGGCUCCAGCUACAACAAGCAGCAGAGUAGCGGUGGCAGCAAGAAGGAUGUGGUGGAACUCACCGACGACAACUUUGAUGAGACCGUCCUGAACAGUGACGACGUGUGGCUGGUGGAGUUUUUUGCCCCUUGGUGUGGACACUGCAAGAACCUGGAGCCUGAGUGGGCAGCUGCAGCCACAGCUGUUAAGGAGCAGACCAAGGGCAAAGUUCGCCUUGGGGCUGUGGACGCUACCGUCCAUCAGGUUGUGUCCAGCCGCUAUGGGGUCCGUGGAUUUCCCACAAUCAAAAUUUUCCGUAAAGGGGAGGAGCCUGAGGACUACCAAGGAGGCCGCACCCGAGGAGACAUCAUCGAGAAGGCCAUGGAUUUGUUCUCUGACAACGCUCCUGCUCCUGAGCUGCUGGAGAUCCUUAAUGAAGACGUUUUGAAGAAGACCUGUGAAGACAGUCAGCUGUGUAUAAUUGCCGUCCUUCCACACAUCCUGGAUACAGGUGCAUCUGGUAGAAAUGGUUAUCUGGAUGUGAUGGUAAAGAUGGCAGAAAAGUAUAAGAAGAAGCUGUGGGGUUGGCUCUGGACGGAGGCAGGCGCUCAGAUGGAGCUGGAGGCCUCUCUAGGAAUCGGCGGAUUUGGUUACCCGGCCAUGGCCGCCAUCAACGCACGCAAGAUGAAAUUCGCUCUCCUCAGAGGCUCCUUCAGUGAGACUGGCAUACACGAGUUCCUCAGGGAGCUUUCCGUGGGCCGAGGCUCCACCGCCACACUGGGGGGAGGAGUCAUGCCGAAGAUUAAUGCUGUAGAAGCCUGGGAUGGGAAAGAUGGACAGCUUCCUGUGGAGGAGGAAUACGACCUCAGUGACGUCGACCUGGACGAGGACCUUGAUAAGGAUGAGUUAUGAGUCCAAACGUAAGGAUCGGACCCAGACUGAUUUGGGUUUGGUCUUCUCUGGUCCUGUCCCCUGCCUCCCCCUUCCUGUGGACGAAUGGGAGGCCACACCAACCACUUACUGAAAUACUCCAGAAAAGGUGCAUGAGAGUCACCUACGGUUUUUCACACCAUCUUGUCUGUCACCCAAGAGGGAGGGGAGUGUGUGUACCUGUGUGUACCUGUGUGUUUGUCCCUGAGGUGAACUCUUUUUCACAAACCUGCUGAAUGUUUAAGGCUGAAUAUUUAUAAAGCUGCCGCCAGCUGAAGAGAGGAGGGGGGAAGGUUCAUUUAAGGGUUUUUUCUUUUUUGUCAAAUGCGACUCCCUCUCCCUUCUUCAGCCGCCUUAAAAUUACUAUUUUAAGAUGUGAACUUGUGAAAGGUGAUGAUUCAACCUGACUUGGCAUAUUUUCCCUUUUUUUAAAAAAAGAAAAACAAAAAACGGUGAACAAGACUCUGGGUGGGUUUGCGUCAUGUCUGUCCAGGACAGGGGAGGGGGGAGAAUCUGUGGGACGACUUGUGUAGAUUUUCUUACACGACUUUAUUUCAAUUGUGUGAAAACAAAAUGACAUUUUUGUUACAAAAAUAAAAAGGAAUAAAAACAA